AUGGCCUACUUUUUACCUUCAUUUUUCCAAAAGCGCUUACUCAAAUACGCCCUCUCUCGUCUGGAAUUUGUGGAUACAGAAGCCUUAGAUCCUGACAACCUGGGUAUACGCUGGGGACAGCGAAGUACCGUUGAGCUUCGUGAUGUCGGUUUGCGACUGGAGAAACUAGCUACGAUCCUUCACCUUCCGACGUCAAGCAAACUGCUUAGUGCCCGAAUUCGGUUUCUAAAACUCACCAUUCCGGCUGAUAUCUACAGCAGUGGGAUCAUCUGCGAGGCAAGCGGAAUCGAGGUCCACCUACGGCUGCCAUCAGAGAAGGAAGCUUUUGCUGCCAAAGAUAAUAUUUUCAGCGUUACUGAGACUAUCAUCCCGAAUCCAACCGAUCUUGCCGCGUCAUUCCUCCAGACCGAACCUAAGGAGGAGAAAGAAGAACUUCAAGCGGCCAUCUCAUCCCGAUCCGAGAUAUUACAUCGUUCGGAAUCUAUUAGUGACGACGAGGAAGAACUAGGGCUAGGAAAUGAAACCGUAUCGCUGCCGAGUUUUGUCGCCUCCUUUUUGAAGGGCGUUUCAGACCGCUUGCAGGUUCAUGUGGAUGACAUCUCAAUAAGGCUUGAUGUGGAAACAAAGCAAGAUGGGCCGAGUAAGAGGCAACCGGAGGAGAAGCCUGAUCUGAUUUCAGGACUCUUGACUGUUCGCCAAGUCAGUGUGGGUGCCGUUACCACGGCUUCUGCUGAAGAUGAACGUCCUUUACACUUGGGGAAACGGCCAGUUUCCCUCUCCGGAAUCGACCUUUCUCUUAUCUCCGAGCCUGUAGUUUUCUCGAACUACUCCCGAUUCACUACGCCGACCUCUCCAACUACUCCUAUCCCCUCAAAGUCAAGCCGGCCGUCGAGCCCGGCCUCUUCGAUUCCGCCUGCGCCGUCUUCGGUGUCCAGCUCUACCCACGCCAUGAUGGCAUCGACUAUCUUCGAGCCUGCCCAGCAUAGCAUAACCCCUGCCGAAGACGAACCUCGCCUUCCCAGGCUUGAAGAAUCUGUCUAUACGUACGACGGCAGGUUCUCUGACGCGGAUACAGAGGAGAAUAGGAGCUACAGACAUCUUGGGGAAUCGCAGAAUUUCUCGGAUGAGGAGAAAUUAUUGGACGAUCCUACGUACCUUGAUUCCGUGAUUGAUUCUCAUCUCCAGGACGAUGACCCCGAAAGUUUUGAUGAUGUUCCACCCUACUUCACCCAAGACAAUACUGAUGAAAGCACGCCACGACUACAAGACUCGGGCUUGCAAAUAUUCGGAGCGGGUGCUUUGCCCUUAAGGCCUACUAGUAACUCAGGCACAGUGGCCUCGGAACCCAAUAUACAAAACAGCCAAAGCCCACACUAUGGAGACGGGGUUUAUUCUCGAACAUCAGUGCCCAACUUAUCACCCCAACAAGCUGGAGACAUUGCAAAUAAUAAGGAUCCUGCAUCGCAGCUUAUCCCAGAGAACCCGUCGGAAACCAGUAGCUCAAGUUCGGCAUCUGGUUAUUUUAAUGAUGAACAACUGUCAGAAUCAAAAUUGUUUUCCAACGAAGAAGCACAAAGCAUGUACAUGAGCGCUAUGAGUCAUGACUCCGAUUCAAGAAGCUUUGUACCCAAUAUCCCAGGUGGAUGGGAGUCUCCUGAAAGCACAUUGACCGAUAUUUCUCAUCAUGCCCAGCCUGAUGAGGCAACAGGAGUCAGCCAUGGUGAGCAGGAUACGACACCUGUAUCAACACCUAAGCCUGCAGAUCUUGAAGAAACGAACCCCUUGGGGCAAUCUGCUUUCAGCAACGCCCGUGACGUAUACACCGAGGCAACUGAUAAGAGCUCCAUCAAAUCUUCUUCAGAUGUAAACGAAACCACGGAUAUAGCAAAGCGCUUCUUCCAUAUUGACCGGGUCACGAUAUGGAUACCCUCCACAAAACAUGGAGAACAAGAUACAUCCGACUCAUUUCACUCCGAGCCGGGGAGCCACAACCUUAAGGAUACCAGCGCACACUUGGCGGCUUCUCACAUGGGAGAGAAAUCGGUGUCCUUCAAGGCUCCCCCGUAUUUACGACCUCGUCGUGAUUCACAAGACUCGGCAUUCACCGAUAACGAUAUUAAGUCUGAUGCAAAACCUGACCUUCAAUCAUCUGCCCUAGAUAAUAAUAUCACAAUUGAUAUCUCCUGUGUCGAAAUUCAAUUCGAUAUAUCAAUUGGAUGGCUAGUUGUUAAGUUCGGCCAAAGAAUUUUCCAAUCCUUUGGUGGAAAUGAACAAACCACCGCGAACCGAAAGCCACCCAAGACGGAUGUUCAAGAUCCGCAGGCCCUCAGUCUUACGCUCAAUAAAUUUUCUAUCAAGUUCGUCGAACACGUCCCCGGGAACCCGUUCCCGCCACAGAAGCAGCCGAUGCCCUCUACCAGCUUUCUCGAUUUCUUGCAUGAUGAUAUCGUGCUCCAGGCUUCAGCGUCUGGUCUGAAGGCAACCUUCUCAAGUUCUCCAACUGUAACAAAAUUCCAUGCUGAAUUGUCUAAACUCACUAUUGGAUUUGCAUCUGAAGAUUUGAUGUCCUUUAGCGAGGAUUUGAAAAUGCGCGAGUCCACAAGGGACGUCCAGUCGCCAGUCAGCAAUGAUAUUUCCUUCACAUUGAGCAGAUCCCGAGAGCAUGCAACCCUCAGCGUAUCUACGCUUCCACUUUUUAUUAAUCUCAAUAUUCCGCGGUUAGACGAAGUUCUAGGUUGGUUUGGUGGCCUGAGCACGAUAAUGGAACUUGGUGGCUCGAUAUCAUCGAUAUCUGGGAAUAAGGGACCAAAGAAAGAGUCACCAAAACGGGCUCGAGGCGUCCGCUUUGAGGGAUCAUCUCCGCCCCCAGCCAGGUCUCAGAAUACCGGUGCGCCGUGGAAGGUGAAUGCGCGAGUUGGCGGCAUCGCCUUGGAUAUAACAGGAGAGAACCAUUAUCUCACGUUGCGGACGACAGCUGCCAAAAUAGUCAGCAGAUUCGAAGGUAUAGCGGUUCAGAUUGACAAGGCAAAGCUCAGCGGGCCGUGCUCUCUUCACGAUUCGAGAGAUGCCCCAGCGAAGGUCAGCCUCAACAACAUUCGCGUGGAGUACCUGUAUACUCCAAAAGAACCUGAUCUUGAUCGACUCCUGUCUCUGAUCACUCCGUCGAAGGAUAAGUACGAUGAAGACGAUGACAUUAUGAUCGACACUCUUUUCAGACAACGAAAGCAAGGCUCUGUCCUUCGUGCCACUGUUUCGGGAACGAAAGUGGUUGUCACGCGCCCGGAACUGGAGCCACUUCAACAACUAGGGGAGGAGCUAGGGAGGUUAUCUAAUGUUACCAAAUAUUUGCCUGAGGAUGACCGCCCUGGAAUUCUGACGUUGGCUUUGCUUAAAGAGGUUGAAAUUCGCUUGCACGCCGGUGGAAAGAUUGGCACUAUCACAGCAAACCUUGAACACGCUGAAGCCGCCCAUAUCAGCAUCCCGUCCCUUGUGGCAGCUCAACUCAACUCGAUAAGCGUUUUCAGAAAUGGGAACGAGGAGCUUGUCGGAGAAGCACUACCAAGACCCCCCGGGUCUAUUGCCGUUCCAGCCUUGAUGGUCCGCUUUAUUGCCGACGAGAUGGACCCUACGAUAAAGGUCAAACUUCACAACCUUCGCGUUGAAUACUCAAUACCGGCUAUAACAGCGCUGCUCGGGAUAAGUGAUGACAUGACAUCGGGUGAUGUUGCAGCCAACAUGGCUAGCUCCCUGGCAAAUAUCGCCGAGCUACAUCCACCACCACAAGAGAGCCCCAAGGUGGAAAGCUCUGGGGAUUCGGUCAAGCCUACAAAGAUCAAAUUAGACAUGCGAGACUGUGUUAUUGGUCUCAACCCUCGCGGAGCAUCUGCGAGAGGCCUUCUUGUUCUGACCCACUCUACCUUUGGUGGCACUAUUCAAGACAUUCUGUCAUCGGAAGCCACUCUAGAUCUACGAAAGGCAUUCAUAAUGAUCAUCGAUAAUGUGGACAAUAUCGACACGGGAAGUAAUUUGAACCGACGAAAGCCAAUCACUGCCCCGCAAGGCGUCCAAGUUCAGACCUUUGCGGAUAUGGGCUACGUCUUGGUCUCUUCAAUAUCUUCAGCGACAGCUACCGUGAAGAUAAUGCGCCUGGGCGAUGAUGGGACGAAAUCUAUUGAUGUGGAGGUUCGCGAUGAUCUGCUGAUCCUUGAGACAUGCGCAGAUUCGACGCAAACUCUCAUCAGCAUCAUGAACGGACUCCAGCCUCCAAGUCCACCUAGUCAAGGCAUAAAGUAUCGGACUGAAGUCGUCCCAAUCCAAGAUAUGCUGGAUUCGUUCAGCGGGGAUGCAUAUGCUGCGCAAUUUUCAGGGGAUGGCACCGGAAAUAUCGACGACAAUGCUAGACCGGGGGUCAUCGAAAGGGCUGGAAUCCCGGAGGACGACGAACUUGACUACGUUACUGAUUUCUAUCCCCAGCCACCACCAGACCUACCAGCGUUCGGAUCCAACGAGCUUGGGGACAGCUUCCAAUCACAGUACCAUAUGUCAUCCAGCGUCUCUGAGCUUGAUUUUCGGGAGGACCACUUCGCCCAGAAAUCCUCAGUGGGAGGUACAGCACAUAGGUGGGACUCUGUACAAAACACUUAUGGGCUAUCGGACGAUUCAAAGCUUGAAAAUAGCCCAUUACGUAUCAGGGUUCGAGAUGCACAUGUGAUUUGGAACCUCUUCGAUGGAUAUGACUGGCAGCGGACGAGGGACACGAUAUCGAAUGCCGUCAAGAAUGUAGAGCAAAAGGCCAUCGAACGUCGCCACAACAGCAGAUCACCCCCAGGUUUUGAGGAAGAAGAGGAAGAUGUCAUUGGUGAUUGCCUGUUCAACUCGAUCUACAUCGGCAUACCUGCCAAUAAGGACCCAAGUGAGCUUCGUGGUGAGAUCAACCGCAACAUCGACGAUCUUGCCAGUGAGACUGGCAGUUAUGCAACCACCAGUACAGUCACCACGACACGGCAAAACGCCUCACCCACUGUAAAGGGGAAGAGGCUGCGCUUAUCCCGAAGCAGGAACCAUAAAAUGACCUUCGAGCUGAAGGGUAUCGGUGUGGAUAUGAUUGUUUUCCCGCCAGGUUCAGGAGAGACGGUGAGCUCAUUGGACGUCCGAGUCAAAGAACUUGAAAUAUUUGACCAUGUACCGACCUCGACGUGGAAGAAAUUCGCCACCUACAUGCGUGAAGCAGGUGAAAAAGAAUCUGGUGCUAGUAUGGUCCAUCUCGAGAUCCUGACAGUGAAGCCUGUGACAGAACUUGGUGCAUCAGAAUUAGUACUCAAGGCGACCGUUCUCCCUCUUCGUCUUCACGUUGACCAGGAUGCACUCGAUUUUCUUACUCGAUUCUUCGAGUUCCGAGACGACUCGGCGCCUCCUGGAUCUCCCCAGGAACCACCAUUCCUCCAGCGAUCAGAGGUCAAUGCCAUUCCCGUCAAGCUCGAUUUCAAGCCAAAACGAGUGGAUUAUGCAGGCCUUAGGUCGGGCCGCACGACAGAGUUGAUGAAUUUCUUUAUCUUGGAAGAGGCUGAUAUGGUGUUGAAACAUGUCAUUGCCUAUGGACAACUUGGCUUCGACAAACUUGGGCAGACGCUAAACGAUGUUUGGAUGCCAGAGAUCAAGAGUCACCAACUCCCAGGAAUUCUUGGUGCGUUGGCCCCCAUCAGGUCCCUGGUCAACGUGGGAAGUGGUAUGAGGGAUCUGGUGGUGGUCCCUAUGCGAGAGUACAGGAAAGAUGGCCGCAUUGUGCGCAGCAUCCAGAAGGGAGCUUUUGCGUUUGCCAAAACCACGUCCAAUGAGCUUGUAAAGCUGGGUGCCAAACUUGCUAUUGGGACGCAAACAGUGCUCCAGGAUGCAGAGGAGCUUCUGACAACCACACCAGCCAGGAAACCAACAGGAGGCGACGAAGAUGAAAUGUCUGAAGAGGAAGUGGCCAAGAAAAUCUCGCUGUAUGCCGACCAGCCGGUUGGCGUCGUACAGGGCCUUCGAGGAGCGUUCAGGGGAUUGGAACGCGACCUUGUCCUGACGCGGGAUGCGAUCAUUGCCGUGCCUGGAGAGGUACAGGAGAGUGGUAGCGCUAAGGCUGCUGCGAGGGCAGUUUUGAAACGAGCGCCGACGCUGAUUCUUCGACCAGCGAUUGGCGUAUCCAAAGCCGUCGGACAGACGUUACUCGGAGCAGGGAAUUCAAUGGACCCCAGCAAUCGUCGCAAAAUUGAAGAUAAAUAUAAGCGGCACUAG